GUCUUGACUUGCUGAGUCACAAGACAGAAAGAAGCACAGGGAAGAGUUUAUUACAGGCUCUAUACUGUGUUGAUCUUGGGGUCUGUGUCUAAACAAUAGUCCUUAAAAGAAGAAAAGCUGCCUGGAUAGACUGAGAAAUGGACCCAUCCCUGGCCAUUUUUGCACUGGCAUUCUCCUCGGCCACCCUCGCUUUGGACAAUGGUCUGAUGAGGACUCCUCCUAUGGGCUGGUUGGCUUGGGAACGCUUCCGCUGUGACAUUGACUGCACACAUGACCCCAGCAACUGCAUCAGUGAAUGGCUGUUUAAGGACAUGGCCGACAGACUGGCGGAGGAUGGGUGGAGGGAGCUGGGAUACGUCUACAUCAACAUCGAUGACUGCUGGUCCUCCAUGGACCGUGACAAACAGGGGCGGCUACAGUCUGACCCACACAGGUUUCCUGGUGGAAUCCCAAAGCUGGCACGUUACAUUCACGACCGUGGCCUGAAGCUGGGUAUCUAUGGUGAUCUGGGCACGCACACCUGCGGUGGCUACCCAGGGACCACGCUGGACACAGUCACCAUAGAUGCCCAGACCUUUGCUGACUGGGGCGUGGACAUGCUGAAGCUGGACGGCUGUUAUUCCAAUGGAACGGUGCAAGAGGAGGGGUAUCCUCUCAUGUCAAAGGCUCUGAAUGCGACUGGUCGUCCUAUUGCCUACUCCUGCAGCUGGCCUGCUUACCAGGGCGGACUCCCUCCCAAGGCAAGUUACACACAGUUGGGAGAGAUCUGUAACUUGUGGCGUAACUAUGACGAUAUUCAAGAUUCAUGGGACAGUGUGCUCACCAUAGUAGACUGGUUCUCCACCAAUCAGGAUGUGCUCCAACCUGCUGCUGGUCCUGGGCAAUGGAACGACCCAGACAUGUUGAUUAUCGGGAACUUUGGUCUCAGUCUGGAGCAGUCACGUUCUCAGAUGGCUCUCUGGGCAAUCAUGGCGGCGCCGCUUUUCAUGUCCAAUGACCUGCGAGCCCUGAGCAAUGAGGCCCGGGCCAUUCUACAGAACAAAGUCCUCAUCGGGAUCAACCAGGACCCCUUGGGUAUCCAAGGCAAACGCCUGCUGAAGGAGAAAAGUCGUAUUGAGGUGUUCUGGAGGCCUCUGUCUGACUCGGCCAGUGCGCUGGUAUUCUUCAGCCGUCGGACUGACAUGCCAUAUCGCUACAAGAAUGCUCUCAGCCAGCUGGGAUACAAAGAUGGCAACUAUAAGGUGUAUGAUGUGUUCACUGGGAAGACUAUACCUGUACUGACCCAUGAUGCAUAUUUCACAGUCUCCAUCAACCCUUCCGGAGUGGUGAUGUGGUUACUGUCUCCCAUAGUGCACUCGGGUCAGGCACACGAGAGAGAAAAUCUGAGUUUGUUGCACAACCACAUCGAGUAAAGUGUGGUGCAAACUGAUCUUGAGUAAGACUCAAAAGAACUCUUGCUAAGAUAAAAGUAAGUUUAAUAAAACUACAACACUCUCAUUAGACAGGAAUACAUAAACCACCAUAAAGUCAUAAAAAGACUGUAUUUCAUGAUACUCGAAACAGCCUGAUGCAUGUUGUAAGGCAGUCAAGCAAUGUGUGCCCGGACAGAAUAUCACAACUUCCUUUUAUACAAUAAACAACUGGGUCAUAUCACAUGGGCUGGGGGUGGGUGGGGGGGAGGUUAGAGAUGGCCACAUUAGGGUCACAGAUUACUCACACACUUCUAAAAUGUAUAAAUCAGAACCACAGGACUACUACAGUAAGUAUAUAAUAUACAUAUUUAUAACCCAGACAGUAUAACAUAUUUCAGCUCAUUUCCGCUUCUAUCAUUUUCUACUUCACCAAGUGCGAGGCCUGUUCUGUUCUGAUGAGGACCGGUUUCAGCCCCGUUUUCCUCUGGCCAAUCAGUUCUUCUCAGGAACACUCUGCAGUGAAAGCUGGGCCAAUGGUCUGUAAGGGACUGUGGACUGUGGUAGUCUGUGGUUUUAAUCUCAACAACCAAAUAUUAUAAUGUGCUGAAUCCUACACUACAAGGGACAUUCAAUAAAAAUAAAAUAAGUCAUGUUUUAGAAAAUAUUUUUGCUGCAACAUGUUUUUGUCAUCGAAGACACUGGGAUUAUUUUUUUAAAAGUUUUUAUAAUUAAACAGUUUUUUCUGCUGGGUUUCACGAGCCUAUUUUCUUUUUAAAAAUUUUUUCUAAUAAAUGAUUGCAACUUAA